CUGCACGGUGACACACAACUGGAGUAAAGAGGAGGCGUUUGAUGAGUGAGAGUCGAACUGAGAGAGUUACCGAGCGCAGGGGGAGGAGAGCCGGGAGAACAGCCGGAGCCCCGCCGCCGCCGCCGCCGCUGGCUGGCCGCUCUCUGCCCGCGCUGCCGGUGUCCGAGGCCCGUCCGGUGUCUGCUGGAGACACCCAGCCGAGACCGAGCGCUCGGGCACGGCCGCUUGGACUGACGGACACCGCUGGAGCGCGCCGCGCUGUUCAGACCUCACUGCUCUUUUCCAUUGCUAUCAGCGUGGAAGUGGCUGCGUCCCGCGAUAGACCAGUGGCCUGUUUUGCUGCCCAACCAUGGAUUCGCCCACAGACCUUUUCGAUGACUCCGCUGCCCAGAUACACACUUUUGGUCCCGCUCUAAACUCCACAGACCUCCCGGGAGUUCAUCCUCAGGGGAGCUCCGGCCGGCCCACCCCUCCCUUUCGGCCCCCCGGCUUCCCGCUCAUCCAUCAUCUCCUCCAGCCGGGCGGAGGAUCCCGGAGGAUCGGAGGGCUCCUUAACGCAAACCUCAACAUGCACAGACACCUGGAGGAUGGAAACUUCGAGGAGGACGAAGGACAGAGGAAUGGGGAGCAAAGGGGGGAAGGGGAAGAGGAGGGCGGGAUGGAGGGGGAGGACCUACUGGGGGCGAAGAAGAGGUGCAAUGAUGCCGCCCUCGCCGCCGAAUGGAGUCAGGAUAUCUUAAAAGUGAAGAGGAUGAAGCUGGAGAGUCGACAGAGGGUGGAGGACGGAGAGAAUGAGGAGGUGGGGAAGAGGCGUGAGGCAGGGAGGGAAGGGAGGAGGAGAGAGAGGGAGGAACUGAAGGAGCAGCUGGAGGAGGCCAGGGAGAGACUGAAGGCCCUGCAGGAGAAAGUGUGGAAGGCCUUCGGGGAGAAGCACAUCGCCGAGGAGGAAAAGAAGAGGAAGCACGGCGGUGGAGACGGCGGCAGAGUGGAGAGAGACGUCGGGAUGAUGGAGGAGGAGGACAUCACCGAGGUGAUGUACGACGAGGAGGACAUGGACGGAAGGGAACUAGAAAAGGAAUCGUUCUCCCUCCUCACUGACUCCACUUUUGAGAACUUCCAAAAGCAGAAAGAAGAGGUGCAGAAAGACAGGGACAGGGGGGCGGAGAGGGGGAGGAGAGGGGGGCUGCACUUCGAUGGCCUGAUGGAGGGCUCGGGGUUGUGGCUGGACUCGGGCGGGCUGGUGAGGGGAGACUGGGAUGCGGGGCUGGAGGAUGACGGCGAGGAGGGGGGCCAGAAGUUCGCCCAGGCGCUGAAGCUGGAGCUGGGCAGCGCCGUGGCCCGAGUCAUCGACCGCGUUCUCCGCCUCUACACGGAGAUGACGGAUUUCACGCCGUCCUCCCCUUCCGACGCCAUCUCCUUCCUCCCGUCGGAUCCGGGGAACGACGGGGGGAAGGACCGGGGCGGGGUGUGGGUGGGGCUGCUGACCAGAGGACGGCAGGAGGAGGCGGCGAGGAGCAAGGAGGAGAAAGCCGGAGCGCAGGAGCGAGACCGAGAGAAGCACAAGAUGACCAACGGCGGCGCCCUGCCGCCCGGGCCGCCGCACCGCCCCGACCCAACCGACCUCUCCAUGCCGCUGACCGUCCAGAGGUCACCCGACACCCGGAAGGCGUACCAGCUCCUGGGCCCGCCUCUGUCCGCCCACCUCAACCCCUCCCACCCAAACCUGUCCCUGCACCACCCCUCUCUGCCCCGCCCCCCUCCUCUCUCCCACCCCUCCCUCCUCCCCCCGGCCUCGCAAGCCAAGGACCCCUCCUCCUCCUCCUCCUCCUCCUUCCACCAGUCUUCAUCCUCCUCCUCGUCCUCCUCGUCCUCCUACCCGGCGCCGCCCCCUCCCCCUCCGCCGCCGCCCCCGCCGCUCCCCCUCCCGCUGCUCCACUACUCCAUGCAGCAGCUCUUCUCGCGCUCGCUCCACCACCCCCAGCUCCCUCACCUCCCCCCGUCCCGCAAGGACUACCUGAACGCCGACCCCUUCCUGGAGUUCUCGUCGCACCCGUCCUUCCCCCCGCUGCCCCUGCUCGGCCACCUGGACCCGUCGCUCGCGCGCCACGCGCACGGCGGCAGGGAGAGGGGGGUGAGAGGAGACGGGGGCAUGCGAGGAGUCGGAGGGAUGGAUGGAGGAGAGCUGUACCUGACGGCUGGAGGGACCCAGGAGGGCUUGUCUCCAUGUCACCUGAAGAAAGCCAAGCUCAUGUUCUUCUACACGCGCUACCCCAGCUCCAACACGCUGAAAACCUACUUUCCCGAUGUCAAGUUCAACCGCUGUGUGACCUCCCAGAUGAUUAAAUGGUUCAGCAACUUCAGAGAGUUCUUCUACAUCCAGAUGGAGCGAUUUGCACGCCAGGCUGUCCGCGAGGCUCUCACCCGUGAUGGUGCACCUCGUCUGAACCGAGAGAGUCAGCUGCGAGUGGGCCGCGAUACAGAGCUUUACCGCAUACUGAACAUGCACUACAACAAGAGUAACAUCUACCAGGUUCCAGAGAGGUUCAUCGAGGUGUCAGAGGUGGCUCUCAGAGAGUUCUACUCAGCCAUCUGGACUGGGAGAGACAGCGACCCCUGCUGGAAGAAAGGGAUCUAUAAAAUCAUCUGUAAGCUGGACAGUCCUUUACCAGACGCGUUCAGGCUGCCCGGCUGUCCAGUUGGCUGAUUUCCGAGCCGACUUCGUCUGGCUCAUGCACGCGGAUGCACCGAUGCAAACCCAGAUUCUACUUUACUCAAAGAACGGGAAAUUUAUUAGGCUGAAAGCAGUGAGACAAAAGAAGAAGAAGAAGCAAACACACACACACUCAAAUCAACACACUUACACACACUCAACAACAUGCUGAGUGCAGCGAUCAGAGUCUUGUGACUGCACUUAUGGAGGAACGUGACCAUUGAAUUGAAACGGACAGGACAGGAAUUCCCUCUAAAAACAUUCCUCAGCAGUCAUCUGACCGGUGCGAUCGCUCUGCCUCCACACACGCUGGACAAAACCAUCAUGCGAUCAGGAGCUGCCGGCCUGGACUGUUUCACCCACAAUCAUGUCAUGCAGUGAUACAGGGCGCUGUGUGGCGGUGGCAUUUCGGCAUUUUCACAUUUGUAAAAAGGGAGUCGACCCCACAGUCAUAUAUCACACCUUCAGACAGAUGACAAAUGAGAUAGUUAUAAACACAGGGUCGCCUCAUAGCCGCUUUGCAUGGAGUAAAAACCAGAGAACUAAAGCACAAUAGACCCGAUUCAGUCAUGACUGUUAGAAAUGACCUUUCUUUCGUCGUUGCCUUGUGUGUGGUGACAUCUGGUAACUGCUUUCCGACAUCAUGAGAUCCACUCGACGAGCCAGGCUGGUUCACAUGUUAGUAACGUUGCACAACUACGCAUUUAUUAGGUUUACUGUAAGAUUUAAAAAAAGAUACGGACAUCGAUCUGGUCAGUGGGUUACUUUUGCUUGUACAUCAACCUCUCUGUUUGGUCUUGAAUUGAUCGCUUUUGUACAUGACGGCUGAAAAGUAAUCAAAGUGUAAUUAUGAUUCUCUCCAGAGGGACAAUAUAUUGAAAUUUUAAAACUAGUGUUAUGUUGUUUCUUGGAUGUUACUCUUUAUUGUUGACAUAUUUACUUUUUUGUAUUCUUUUAUUGUAACGCAGAACUAAAUAGGCCACUUGCACAAAUAUAUCAGUUUUCUGAGCACAUCGAGGAAACGUUCACUGCAUCUGCUGUAUAUCACCACUCUUUUAACUAAUUACAGGGGUGGGUUCCUCAUCAUGAAAAAUGACAACCCGCAACUAUUUGUGAUGUGUUUUCAAGUGCAUGUUUCCUAGAUUUGCAUUUUGUAUUGUACUCUGUUACGUUUGAUCUGGCUGGGUUCUCUUUUUAUAGUGUACAUAUUGUAUUCUUCACUGUAGAUCUGUGCCUCAUUCCAACUUGACUGGACUUUGAUGUUAAAAAUUAUCAGCGAAUUAAAGUGAUACUGCU